AUGGUAUUCCACUCGCUUACCGACGCACCCCGCGAUUUCAGGGAGGGAAUCGACUGGUUGGUGGCGCUGAAGGGAACUGAUUUCAAGAAUAAUUUGAAAGCUAUCAGUGACGCAGUUUACAACUUUCUCGCAGACAAGCCGGUUGGCUCUAGCAAGUUGCCAAUUUUCAAGUAUGUUACGCUUAUUACCAAAGAGUUCUUGGAACAAGAUGGGCUUAAAGACCAUAAACCCGUAAAACUGAUGCUGACGAGAUUCAAUAGCCCUAAGGAUGAAAAACCCAAUGUCUGUGCAAUGUUACUUAAAGCUGACGGCGAUAGAGAUCAUACGCAGAUCGCAGAUGAGUGGCGUCUCAAUGCUAAAAAUAUUGCAGAGAACUUAGCUAAAACUGUGAAUGGCUGUGAGAAGUUCUUGCAAAAUGUGAGAAUCCCUCACCAGUAUGAAUCUGCUUACAGCUCAGAAGCGACGUGGGAGAAAUCAUGUUCCGAAAAGCCGGAAGAUUGUGCAGCUGUCUUCGUGGGUAUUGCGCCAAUGCUGUACACUGGGUUGAUGUCUUUGUUGCAUUCGACCGACGAUUCUCUCUUUAGAUUGGCACCGGAUAUGGCGAAAAAGAAGUUGGAAACUUUAUUGAACACUUUGCGUUAUGUGAAGCCGGAAUGCCGCGCUAUCAUGGGCCCUUCAGACGUAGCCCAAGUGUUGAGCGUUGUGGACCACGAUGCGUUGGCAACGCUUGGCGAACUUUCCAAUUUUUGGACAUACCACGGAUUAGACAGUGCAGGAGUUGCAGAAGCUCUUAAGUACUACCAUAGCAAAUAUGGAUCCUAUCCAAUAACUGGAGGUGACAAUGGCGUUAACAUGGGUUUGGUAAAUGCCUGGAAUUCCAAGCUGGCUAAGAAGCCUGCCAAAACAGGCAAUGCACUCGGAUCGGACAACAUUUAUUAUCCUGGUGUGCCCACAGUGGCUAAUCUAAACGCUGCCAGCCCCAUUUAA